AGGAAAACACCUUUGAGCUGUUGAGUGGGUCAAAAAAGAACCUUUCUGUGUUGGACUGCAUUAACUCAAGGAGAAAAUAUUUACACACAACAACACAAUGGCUGAAAACAUAACCUCAACAAGGAAAAGAGUGAAGCCAGAUAAUGUUGAAGACUCUUUAGGAAAAGAAAAAUCCACAGAUCAUGAUGUUGCUAAAAUUGAUAGUUUUGCUAUGUACAAAGUAAUGUUCAGAGCAUUUCUAAGUGUCAUUUUACCAUCCUGUUCCAUUUUUUACCUAGUCUACAUAGGUCUGUUUGAUUCAGUCUUCACAGAAAAUGGUAUUGAACAUUAUGCUGAGAGACCAGGACUAGGAAUGAAAGCUCUGUUACCAAAAUGGAUGAAGAUGCCACUAAAUUCAGCUGUUAAUUUUGGAUAUGUUAUAAUGGGAGCAUAUUGGUGUGCUUAUACAUCAGCAGCAUUCCAAGCAAAUAGGAUCACGCUAAUUGAUGCAUAUAUAUCCUAUAUAUUCAAUUUUAUGGCUGGUUGUUAUGGUCCAAUACAACUUUUAAGAAUUCUAACUCAGCUUCAACAAUUUGCUGUUUUAGAUCAAUGGUAUACAUACCCACUCUUUAUGUGGGUGUUUGUGUGGGGACAUUUUCUAACAUCUGGUUGGAAUUUGAUUUUAAUCAUUCAGUGUAUGAUAUUUUCUGUUGGUAGCUAUACUUUGACAUUAUAUACAGAUGUAGGGUUUGAGAUUGGACUUGGAGUUCAUAUAGUCAUAGCAAUAAUUGGAGCUAUAUUGGCCUAUCAAAAAUUUCCAUCUAGUGAUUGUAAAUAUCCAUUUAUAAUGUCUAUCCUAUGUUGUGCUGGAUUUGUUGGAUUGAAACUACUUGAUUUAGAUUUACCAAAGGUGCAUCCUAUUUUUACUAAAAUUUCAGGACAUUUUUUGUCAAAGAUUGCAGACAUUUUCCAGAUUCAUUAUGUAAACAUGUACUUUUUUGCCUUGACAUUUUAUAAGCAUAACUUUAAAAGCAAGAAAAAUAUGUGAAUCAACUUUAACAAGUAUUUUAACUUUACUUUGUUAUGAACAACAUCUUGGAUAUUUCUUCCUUGCCUUGUGAACAAAAGUUUCCCUACAGUUUUUGUUGGGAUAUAAAUGAAAUUUAUCAUCUUUUUAACCACCCAUGUUUAUACAUUACAUACUGUUUCAACAUGUUCAAGAACAAAUGAUACUGUUUACCAUAGUUCUGAUCCCUUUUGAUACGUAUGCCUUUAUGGAAACUUUCAUUAAUCUUGGAACAAGUCUAUCUCCCAUUACAUGGAAAUUGCAAGAUUACAGAUUUUGGUGUGUAUAAAAUUCCUGUAUGAAAUAUUUCUAGUCAAAUUUGCUUUCCAAUAGUUAUGUCCCUUUGAACUUGAUUUGUAUUUAUGGAGUCUAGAACACAUCUUGUUUACCCAACUCCAUCAGCUAGCAGUUGUUAGAUUAACAUGAAACUUGAACAUUUUAGAUCCUGAGAUGAAGAUGGAGACAUGGUUCUCAAUAUCAAUUUAUGUCCAUAUGAAAUUUAAUUACUAAAUAGUAUUUUGUUCAGCACACAUCUUAAUGUGAACUCCUUUGGCAUGUGAGUAUAACACCAUACACCUAAAAAUCAAAUAUCAUCAUGGCAAACAUUUUACCUUUGACCUCAAGGUUAAAUUGUAUUUUUUUUUCAUUCAUAUGUAUGCAUUGGCUAGAUUCUUAUUUUGUUUUGUUAUAGACAUGUAAUACAAAUGGACGUAUCACAAUACGAUGAUGUGUUACAUACUAUCGUGGUACUCAUUGACCUUUCAUCUCUAGUGUUUCUAGGUCCUGACUUUGAUACCUUUGUUGUAGACUAUUGAUAUUUUGCAUGUUUUUUUCAUGCAAUGAUUUCUCUAGUUUUUCAUAGAAAGAAAUGAAAAUUUUGACCUUAUGAUGUAUGAUUUCUUCAAUAACAAAUCUAUUGAAUUUCUUUAUACUAGAAUUUGGAGACAAAUUUUUUCUAGUACAUGUAUGCCAAAAAUGCAUUUACAUGUAUAUAAUUUAUUUAAUGUAUGAUUAACAGUUGAUGUGAAUUGCGACUGAUGUUUUUGCUUUUGAUUUUACAAGAUGCACAAUUGUUAGUGAAAUUUUUAUUCACAUUAAGUAUGUCCUGCAGCAAUAAACACAACAAAUAAAAGCAAGAAUAAAUAAAAGAUGAUUUCUUUGA